CUCUUUCGACACUCCGAUAACAAGCCCAGACCAAAUCUUCGCCACGUCAAGAGAUGGACGCCGGUCAAACUGCAGCACCCGACGAACUGUUUGAAGAGCUUCAACAGCGCUUGAGCACUCCUGAGCCACAGCUGUCCGAAGGCCUAUCCGGCCUUUUCACGAAGAUGAGGGGUCCUCCUCUCUCCGACAGCUAUGUGUUCACUGCUAUGCAAGCGUUACAGUCGAAGGUCGCAAACACGCCAGCGCCAUAUCCAGAUAUUGGUAGCAAAGCACGCGACCCACUCACUCAAGCCUGCAUUCGGGCUGGGAUGAUAGAUGUUUUACUCACGUUCAUACACGUUCCCUUUGAAAGCCUUGCAGCUACGGAAGUUGUCUGUAAUGGGCGUUUGAGCCAGUGGAUGACUUGGCACAUGCUCGUCACGCUGACACGAUAUGGUACCCUUCAAGACCGCAAGGAGUUCCUAGACAAACUCAUAGCCGCAGACAUCAUCCAAUUAUGUCUGGAGACGACAUACCACCACAGUAUACUGCGCUUUCGUGGGAAAGCGGCAGAGCUUCUUGGCAGUUUGGCGUCGCAAACAUUUCUCAUCCAGCGACUAUCGGCUUCGACCGUCGCCGACAUCCUUAGCGCUCUUUACACACUCGCUCUUCAGGAUCCAGAAGCAACCUCUGACCAACUGACCAACCCACAGACGAACUGGCAGCAUGUUCUAAUGAACCUGGACUUCAAAGACCCGUGGAACAAGGACAGAAUCUCUCAGGGUCUCAUGGCAAAUCGAUACUUUGGUCAAGCGCAGGAUUUUGCCCUGCACGCUGCCCGUGACCUCGUUACAAUGAACACGCAGCCUUCUCCGAGGUACAAUCUCGACGUUUUCAAGCACAAAGCAUCUAUCAUGGACUUGUUGUUGGACUGCUUGCUGAUUGGGCCUCUUCACUGCUAUCCGGAGUGUACCGCUGCGUAUGUGGCUAGCAAUAACCUUGCCGCUUUCUUCAGGUGGCCGAUCUCUAUGAUGGUCCCUGGCGUCUCAACGCCAGCUGAUCAAGCGCCAAGUAACAAAGAGUGGAAGGUGUUCCUCCAGACUAUGCAAGUUCUCACUUCGUGCAAAGACUGGGCCGAGAAAGUCGUCGAGGCAUGGAUGAAAACCGAGCCUGAUGCGGAGGACAACGAGAAGAGGAACCAGAGCGUCGUCGAUGCUCGUCUACUCUACAGCAAAGAAAAAUCCCCACUUGAUGAUGAACAACUGUAUAAGGAACUCGGGUCAGCAGUCGGCUGUUCUCGAGUUUCCGUCCUUCGCCUUAUAACAACUCUGAGUCAUGGUGCCGACGCGAUAGGCAUCAGGAACAUUGAUAUCUACGCGUUUCUACCUAUCGCUUAUCGUGCAAGUCAAAAGACAUAUCAGGAAGACCAACCUGAAGUACAAAUCCGCGUAUUGCCGGACUGGCUUUAUCUUGGGGGAAAUUUCGAACGGGAAGGGGAAAUCGAUCCCUACUUUUUGGUUACCGAGACUAUGCUUGGCCCUACGGCUUAUGCGCGACUAUUGGUUGUCUUAGCUCAGAGGAACGCCUUGAAGAGCGUCCAAUCGUUGCAAAAGCCUCCCACCGGCCUAUCCCCCACGACGUCUCUCGCACAGCUCCGUCAAAUCACUCAUCCAGACGUCAUCUCCCGUUUCCUCAACAUUGCUAUCUUCCGGGUCCAGAGUGCCAUGGAGAAGGCGGAAAAGGUUGUCCAAGUGGAUAUGAUAGGAGGUGGCCUCGUUUUCGAGGGGACCGCAGAACUCGCCGCGGCCAUGGUCGCAUUUGACGACAUAACAGGCGGGGAAUACGCUACCGAGGAAGCCUCCGCGGCAAGGCACUAUCUUUCGAUGGCAUUGCAGCAUAUCUCCGGAAUCGCAACGAAACUUGAGAAAUACCGGCGCGCGUACCUCUACCUAGCGGCAGCGGUCGCAGUUGCCGACACCAUAAAGGAACCGCGCGCUGGUUGGACUGAUUUUGCAGUAAAACUCAAAAGGCAGCUUCGGCAGGCUAAGAGGAUGUUCGAAACUCGACAGAGCGCUGACAGACCACUCUAG